UCCGUGGCUACUUGGUUCCGCCAGCCCCAGAGGCUUAUCAGGCUUUUCCCCCGCCGUCGGAAAGGUGCCGCGGCGCGGGUACCAGAGGUCGCUUUGUGUGUUGUCUUCACAGCCGGCGGGAAGCAAACGCGUUCUCGGAAGCUAAGGGCUUCAACGACCCCUCUUACGAGCGUCAUGGCAGUCCCAGGUUGCAACAAGGACAAUGUCAGAGCAGGCUGUAAAAAAUGUGGCUACCCUGGUCAUCUGACUUUUGAGUGCCGCAAUUUUCUCCGAGUAGAUCCCAAAAGGGACAUAGUUUUGGAUGUCAGCAGUACAAGUAGUGAAGAUAGUGAUGAAGAGAAUGAAGAACUGAAUAAAUUGCAGGCAUUACAGGAAAAACGAAUAAAUGAAGAAGAGGAGAAGAAAAAAGAAAAAAGCAAAGAGAAAAUCAAAUUAAGUUAG